AUGAAACACGACUCGCCGGAGGAACCAAUGGAGCACUUUGCGACGAUUUCCACCGAUACUAUGAAGUUCACCAACACCGUUGCCGCGCUGGCCACGGCUGGCCUUGCGACCGCCCACGGCCAUGGACACGCUCACCACCACAAGCGUGCUGCUGAGACCGAAACAGUAUCGGUCCCCGGCCCCGUUGUGUACGAUUUCGUCGUGAUGGAUCCCUCCAAGUCCGGUUCCCCUGAGGCCAUCAGCGUCGACGAUGCUUGCAAGGGCCUCGCUGAGCAUAAGUUCGAGUGGCUCGACAGUGCUGUCGCCGCCGCCUGCCCUUCCUCUACCAGCUCCACCAGCACCCCUACUCCUACUUCGACUUCCACGUCGACCCCAACCCCGACUUCCACCAUUGCUCCCGCCAUCCUCCAGGAGACUGCUGCGGCUAUCACCCCCGCCAGCUCCACUAGCACUGCGGAGCCCUCCUCCACUACCUCCAGCUCCGUCUCGACUGCCGCUGCUAAGAGCGUUUCCAAGAGCUCCUCCACCAGCUCUGGUGCCACCGGUCUCACCGCUGACUUCCCCGAUGGAGAGAUUGACUGCGGUGAUUUCCCCUCAGCCUACGGUGCUGUCGCCCUCGACUACCUGGGUCUCGGUGGUUACUCUGGUAUCCAGUACAUCACUCUUAUGGAUGAUCUCGUCAGCGACAUCGUGACCGCCGUCACUGGCGAUGAGUGCCACAGUGGUGCCAUGUGCUCUUACGCUUGCCCCCCUGGUUACCAGAAGUCCCAGUGGCCCUCUACCCAAGGAGCCACCGGUCAGUCUGUUGGUGGUCUUGAGUGCAAGAACAGCAAGCUCUACCUCACCAACCCCAGCCACAAGCAGCUCUGCAUUGCUGGCGUUGGCGGUGUCCACGUCAAGAAUCAAAUGUCCACCGACGUCGCCGUUUGCCGUACUGACUACCCCGGUACCGAAUCCGAGACUGUUCCUCUCGCCGCCUCCUCCGGCAACACUCACCCCCUGACCUGCCCCGACGGUGACUCUUACUUCAACUGGCAGGGCAAGGCCACCUCUGCCCAGUACUACGUCAACCCCAAGGGUGUGUCAACUGAGAAGGGUUGCCAGUGGGGUGAUGGCUCCGAGCCCAUCGGUAACUGGGCUCCCAUCAACUUGGGUGUCGGCUACACCAGCUCCGGAAAGUUCCUGUCCAUCUUCCCCAACACCCCGACCACUACCAAGAAACUCGACUUCAACGUUAAGCUUGUCGGUGACAACCUCAGCGAUGAGUGCCGCUACGAGGAUGGUACCUUCUAUGACUCCAAGGGUGCCAUUAGUGGCAACAGCGGUUGCACUGUCGGCGUCACCUCUGGCAACGCCUACUACGUCUUCUACGAUUAA